AUGUCUAAAUACCCAACUACAAUGAGCUGCCGUGAGGCAUUUGACCAGUUAACAUCAUGCUAUUCAGUAGGAGGUCAAUUCAGAAACUACUAUAGAUAUGGUGAAUACAAUCCAUGCUCUAAACAACUUGCAAAAUUUAAAUUUUGCAUAAUGAACUCAAAAGACCCUGUAAAAGUACAAGAAUGGUACAAGGAACAAAUAGAAUAUAAUAAGGAAUACAGAGGCUCUUCAGAUGAUAUAUGGGAAGAACGAUAG